GUAGAGUUGCUGUUCCUGGCUGGUUGUUGAGGUUUGAGACGGACACGCACAAGACUUCACAGGCACGUGGAACACUUGUACUGGCAACAUUACUUUCUAUCAAGAGACCUAACACCAAGACAUUUAGUAUUCUGAAGCUUAGGAACAAGUCUCAAUUCUGUCCAAGUUACCAAAAUGCCGAAAGAGCGAAUAGGGACAAAAUCUCGGCAACAUCAGGCCAUACAGAAACAAGGCAUUAAUUUCCGAACAGAAAUUGGACAGCACAUUCUCAAGAACCCAAUGAUUAUUACAUCAAUGGUGGAGAAGGCUGCCUUGCGUCCAACAGAUGUCGUUUUGGAAGUAGGCCCUGGUACAGGCAACAUGACUGUCAAACUUUUGGAAAAAGUGAAACGGGUUGUGGCAUGUGAAGUAGAUCCAAGAAUGGUGGCUGAAGUCCAAAAAAGGGUUCAGGGCACGCCACUGGCAAGUAAGCUACAGAUAAUAGUUGGUGAUGUUCUCAAGACAGACCUGCCUUUCUUUGAUGUGUGUGUUGCCAACCUACCGUACCAAAUAUCUUCUCCAUUUGUCUUCAAGCUUCUCCUGCACAGACCCUUUUUUCGUUGUGCAGUGCUGAUGUUCCAACAGGAAUUUGCGGAGAGAUUAGUUGCACGACCUGGAGAUAAGCUGUAUUGUCGGCUUUCUGUAAAUACACAACUCCUAGCUCGAGUUGACCAUCUUAUGAAGGUUGGCAAGAAUAACUUCAGACCACCUCCUAAAGUUGAAUCCAGUGUAGUAAGGUUAGAGCCUCGAAAUCCUCCUCCUCCAAUCAACUUUCAGGAGUGGGAUGGUCUGAUCCGAAUCUGUUUUGCUAGAAAAAACAAGACAAUUGGUGCCUCUUUCAGGUAUACUAAGGUAUUAGAACUCCUGGAGAAGAAUUACUGUGUCCAUUGUUCAGUGAAAAACAUACCACUUCCCAGAGAUUUUGAUAUCAAAACAAAAGUCUGCAGUUUGCUGGAGAAAAAUGGAUUUGAGAAGAAGCGAGCACGAUCUUUGGACCAAGAUGAUUUUCUGCAACUUCUCCAUGAUUUCAAUAGCGAGGGCAUCCACUUUUCUUAAGUGACCUCACCAGAUUAGCAUGAGCUGUGAUCAGCCUCCUAUUGAGAGCAGGCAAUUGACGACGGUGUUUGUGCGCCAUAGAAAAAAAAAAA